UCUCUCCUAAGCUCGGGACUGGCUACUACCUCGUCAAACCAGCCCCCUCCACCCAGUGAACUAGGGAGCUGCAUACUCUCCGAAGCGCUAAUUUCCCGAUUUUCUAGCUUUCCUCCGAAUAUGCGGCAGUACUGGUUGUUGAAGACGGAGGCCGGAGACUGGUCGUGGGAAGAUCAAGCGGCAAAUGGGGGCAUAUCCAAGUGGGACGGCGUGAAGAACAAGCAGGCCCAGAAGCACCUCAAGGCCAUGCGCCUGGGCGACCUCUGCUUCUUCUACCACUCCGGCGCCAAGGCCCGCCGCGUCGUCGGCGUCGUCUCUGUCAUUCGCCAGUGGUACGAGGACGACUCCGUCGUUGGCGGCGGGGCGGUGGACGUGAGAGCGGUCGGGGAGAUGAGAAUGCCAGUGGACUUGAAGGAGAUGAAGCGCGACGGCGGGAUGAAGGACUUUGCCCUGUUCCGGCAGCCGCGACUGUCCGUUGUGGCGGUUCCGGCUAGUGUUUGGGAGCGUAUUUGUGAAAUGGGAGGUGGGUUUGAGGAGGAUGGAGAUGCAGACAGUUGAGGAUGUCUGUGAAUUCUGAUGGUGUUUGUCGCAAAUCGCAAUGCCCUGAUUUUCUAACAAUGUCCUGUUUUGCGCUGUAGGGAAAGAAGUAACGUGCUACUUGUGUUUAUAGUUGUGGAUCUUUUUUGGGUAGAAAUUAUCUGUGUCUAACUGGCAAGAAUUAGGGCAUUUUUUUUGUUCGUGUUUGGUUGAUGGGAAAAUGUUUAUUUUGAUGAAUGAUUUUUUAAUUUUGUAUUA